UGCUUGAGCCCUAGCAAUGGAGAAGCAGAGCUUGGACAUGGCGGAAGAGGCGCUGUUCCCAGAUGGGGAUUUCGCGGGAGUGGAGAGGAAGAAGCCAGCUGCUGUUUUUAAGCGGCGGGGCAAGGCCAGGGAUGGAGGCGCCGCCGAUGAGGGGAAGAGGACGACAACGCAUACCAAGAGCUGGAUCGAUCGCUGUCUUUCUUCCAGACGAACAAGCGUGGUCUUUCAAAAGGAUUUUGCGCACCAUAAGAUACCUUGUGCGCUGCAACGUUUUUCGGCCCAGAUGAAAAGAAGGGUGGUUCCUUCGAAACCUCCAGCCACUUUUGUUCGAGAGAAGCAAGCACAUUUUGCCGAAGUGGAUGCGUUCGAGCUCCAGGAGGAGAGUCCUUCUCCCAAAACUUUUACUCGGAGAUCAAUUUUCGAAGGCAGUACGUGCUUUCUUCCUGCGAGGGAUGGACAUUUGGAAGCUGUUCCGGAGGAGAUUUUUGCGAGUCCAGAGGAUCUUUUGAGCGCUGCCUUAAGAACACCUCCCGUCCGUGGUGUGUUGAAACCAAGGCCCAUGGACGCUCUUAUAUCGGACCUGGAAUGCUUAAGCAUUUCGAAACCAGUUGCAGAGCUUCCCACAAUGUCGAUGAUAGACAUCCUGCUACACGAGUCGGACCAGGAAAGUAUUGUCAGCCUUUCACAAGGAUUUUCAGAGUUUUGUGAUCUGAAAACAAUAGUGAAGAUAGGAGAAGGGACGUUUGGAGAGGCUUACAAAGGCAAUGGGAAUGUUUUCAAAGUCGUUCCCAUGGACGGGAGUUUUAAAGUCAAUGGCGAAACUCAAAAGACUUCCACUGAAAUCUACAGCGAGGUGCUGUUGUCAAACACUCUGAACUGGCUUCGAAAGAAAAGCUCUCCUUAUCAUUGCACCUCGUUCGUUGAAACAAAAGCGACGCGAAUUUGCAAGGGAAGAUACGAUAAGAACUUGGUGCGUGCGUGGAAGAAGUGGGACACACAACAUAAUUCUGAAAACGAUCAGCCAUUGGCGUUUCCGGAAGAACAGCUUUAUGUUGUCUUUGUCCUUGCUGACGGAGGCACGGACUUGGAAAGCUUUGAGCUCCUCAACUAUGAGGAAGUUAAAAGCCUAUUACUACAGGUUGUUCUCUCGCUUGCAGUUGCGGAGCAGGCAUAUGGUUUCGAGCAUCGGGACUUGCACUGGGGCAACAUUGUCUUGUCCAGGGAUCAACACGAGCAGCUUGACUUCAGAUUAGAAAACAGGCAUUUUCUUGUGAAUACGCACGGGUUAUCAGUGGCAUUGAUAGAUUUUACUUUAUCCCGCAUUGACACAGGAAAGCAAGUCGUAUUCUGUGACUUGUCAGAUCCGUCGUGGUUUGAAGGACCAAAGGGAGACGUCCAGGCUGACACGUAUAGAAGAAUGAAAGAUAUAACAGGCGGACAAUGGGAAGGCAGUUUCCCAAAGAAUAACAGCGUGUGGAUACACUACGUUGCGGAGAUCAUACGCAAGAAGAAGUCUUUCAAAUCCAGCGCCAAAGAUAAGCGUGCCUUGAGUGCUUUCUCGAAACGCUGCCUGAGCUACGAGUCCGCCACUGCGAUUGUUGACGACGAGAUCUUCCAGAAAAUGUGGAGAAAAGAGAUAUACUCGAGCCAGCAUGAAGAACAUGCAAAUCGCGAAGAAAGUGUCAACUUGCCGGGAUAAAGCCGGUAAAGAGAUAAAGUUACUUAUUACCCGCUA